AUGAGGUUGCUUGAGGACAGCGUGGGGCGGGGAGGCGGGGUGAGGCGCUGGGCUGCUGCGCUGAGCUCCGAGGGCGCUGCUGGAGUCCGGAGGAGGAGCCCAGCUCUGCCGCCUUCAGCCAGGAGACUUCGGCCGGGUUCGGGGCGGACUCUCCGGGAGACCGUCCUGGAAAGUUCGCCCAUCCUCGCCCUCCUCAACGAGAGCUUCAUCAGCACCUGGUCCCUGGUGAAGGAGCUGGAGGACCUGCAGAACAACCAGGAGAACCCAUCCCACCGGCAGCUGGCUGGCCUGCACCUGGAGAAGUACAGCUUCCCCGUGGAGAUGAUGAUCUGCCUGCCCAACGGCACUGUGGUCCACCACAUCAACGCCAACUACUUCUUGGACAUCACCUCCAUGAAGCCCGAGGACAUUGAGAACCACGUCUUCAGCUUCUCGUCCACCUUUGAAGACCCGUCCACGGUCACCUACAUGCAGUUCCUGAAGGAGGGCCUCCGGCGCGGCCUGCCCCUCCUCCAGCCCUAG